GUACACUCGAUAAGCGCAUCGCCUGAGGCUCACAUAUGGGAGCACUUGUUGUUGCUGAUCAGAUGUCCAUCCCUCGCACUAUCAGCAACAAUCGGGAAUGCGGAAGUAUUGCAUGAAUGGCUGAAGUGCGCUGAACAAUCGAAGGCACUCAAAGGACAAACUAUAAGAAAGGUUGAAUUGAUCAGGUAUGGUGAACGUUAUUCGGAAUUAGAGCUGUGCAUGCAGCGUAUUGAUGAGGAUGAUUUCGAUGAAACGCUCAAAGAAAAUGGCCACGAAAACGGGUCAAAAUCAGUGCUUCAACACUUCAUGCCUUACGGUGUCUACAAACCAGUUAAAUUGUCAAUGUUCGGUAUACCUGACGAUCAGCAAUUAACUGCUAGACAGAUAUUUGAUCUGUAUAAUGCACUCGCUGAAGUUGACGAGAAAGUCAAGUAUGUUGUAUAA